GCGUCUCCGCGUGUGACGUCACGUCUCGCUGUCCCAACAUGGCGGACUUUGAUACCAUUUACGAGUUAGAAGACGACGACGAGGACGAGCGUGUCGUCAUCGAGGAGCGCUUAUCCAGAUACUGCGCGGAUCCCGUUGUGAUGCGCGGCGCCGGACACAUCACAGUGUUUGGACUGAGCAACAGAUUCGAUAGCGAGUUCCCAUCUAUUCUCACGGGAAAGGUGGCACCGGAGGAGUUCCGCGCCAGUGUGGGUCGCGUCAACGCCUGCCUGAGGAAGAACGUGCCGGUCAACGUCAAGUGGCUGCUGUGCGGGUGUCUGUGCUGCUGUUGCACGGCCGGAUGCAGCUUGUGGCCCGUCAUAUGUCUCAACAAGAGGACAAGAAGGUCCAUUCACAAGCUGUUAGAAUGGGAGAACAACCGAUUGUACCACAAGCUGGGCCUGCACUGGAAGCUGAGCAAAAGAAAAUGUGAGAGCAGCAACAUGACGGAAUAUGUGAUUCUUAUAGAAUUCUUACCCAAGUAUCCAAUAUUGAGACCAGACUGAAGAUGCAACCUGCAAUGCCUUUUCUACUUCAGUGCCUUGUUGGAAUGAAAGAACAAAAACAGCGACGUCCGCCCGGCUGCCCCCCAAUUCCCAAUGCAGCUGUACGUGAAACUCUUGCCACACUGUCACUUUGCUUUUGAGCGCAUUUUGCACAGCCUGUGAGACUCGUCAGCCCCUUUGUUGCACUCCUUUUUCAUGAUUGGGUGGGGUGGGGGGUCAGUAAUAGUGCAUUUAUACCCCCAGCGGAAGAUGUUACGGCCUUAUGUUUCUUUUUUAGAGUAUAAAAUAGAAGGUGAAUUCAAUGCUACGUUGGCUUGUCUGUUUAAACCCAUGCCCUGGCAAGUUUCCUUCCCUCUGUGUAAAUACUGUUAACAUCAAAUGUCCAUUGUUUACAUAUUAGCUGUCGUUGUUGCCAAUGAAUUGCUGUACCGGUUUUUGAGUUUGUACGGACCUGUUUACCUUGUAAGCCAUAUAGAGUAUAUGUAGUUCUAAAGAACCUAAUAAUACGCCACAGUGUUGAAGCUGUCAUGUUUGCCAAUAAGAUUGGAACCCUUCGUUUGUGUCAUUUGUUUUUGUCGAGUUCACACGUGUCAAAGUCGAGGCCCAGGGGCUGGACGACUUACACUAAAUAGUGUCAUACCCUUUUUCAAUAAAAUGGAUUUAUUUUCAUUUGAGCAAAAAAUCUAUGGCUAAAGAGCAAUUUUUCUGAACUUUAACGGCUUUCUAAAAGCAUUUAUUUUUACCCAAUCCCUUAGUCAAUACAAUUUGCUGUUAUAAAUCUGAACAAGUAAAUACCAUAUGGUCAAAGGAAUGGAACAUUUCUGGAAGUUUGGUUAACUUUUCAUGGGAAUUUAAACUGGAAAUUUGGGAAUUACUCCACAUGGAAAAUGUUUCAUGGCAAUUUGUGGUCAUUUAAUCUAAGAUUUUUUUUUCUCCUAUACCACGUGACGGCAUUAAAAUACCUUGGAAAACAAGCCCAAAAAUAUAUUUGCUAUUACGAUCCAUGUGCUGCCACUCGUCGGUGUUCUGAUGAAUAUUGCAUUGGUGCAAUGAGGUUUAAAAAGAUUAACUCACCCAUUUUUUGGUCAUCUCACGGCGCCAUCAUUUUCACAUUCUUCUUCCCUAUACUGUCGACUGGACUUGCCCCUGGGCUCACAUUUUGAACAUCACAGCUCACCCGUUUCUGGUUUUGGCCCCGUUAGCUUUACUUGUAGCUGGGCCAUUUUUAGGUCAAGGUACUGCCAGCAUCAAAUCUGCUCAUUUCAGUCAGAUGUGAAAAAUCCAAGCAGUUUGCUCCCUUUUCUUAGCCAUACUGGUCUCUGAGGAAAACCCUCAUUUCAAUGUGGCACACGAUGAAAACAGUGUAAAGCUUCCGGUUUAGUUUGAUCCUAACGUGUUGUUCUUGGACUUGUGUUACAUAGAAGACCAGAUGCUUCUUUUGUUAUGUUUUCUUCCAUGGCUGCAUCCAUUUUUACUAACUAGAGUGCCUCUCCAAUAGUUGAACCACAGUCUUGCAAGACCUAAUUUUAUGUCCUGUUAGCAUUUCUUCAAAAUGUUUGCCCACGUGACCACCCAUCUUACAGGAAAAGCAAAUAAAACUCAUUUGGACAUU